AGACAGCUGAUUGUAUUUAAAGUAGUUAAAAUUGUUUGUUUUGUUAUUGGAAGCACACUAUUUCUUGAAAUAUAUUCUGCUGUUGACCGUGUGGGAGUGGAAUUUAAAUUAAAUCAACAGGCUAGAAAUGAACGCCACUGCCACUAGCAAUGAACCUGAGCUGUGAUUCCUCUGAUUGCAACGAAUUAAUUAAGAGCAAAUUUUACCGGACCAGCGGAAAAUGUGCGAUAUAUGCACGCCAAUCGGAGGUCUAUGUUCAGGCGAAGCCGACUCCAACGCCCAGAGUCAGCGCACCAGCAUCAUCAUCCAUGGCGGAGAGCAACAACAACAUAACCCACAUUCGCCAUGACAUUUGGUUCCACAUUGCCAUGCAUAUAGAUCCCGAGGACGUGCAGACUUUCGCCCUGAUAUGCAAACAGACCGCCAUGCUUGUGAGCUCUCGAGCAUUCUGGCGGAACCUGUAUAAACGAUAUUGCGCGGGCGUGACGUUGGGCUGGAACCUGGCCUUGCCAGCCCACUUGCAGAUGGAGCAAAUAAGUAGCUGUGAUACAAAAGACUUGCGAUCGCUUGUCGUUAAGGCGCUCUUUUACUGCCACAGACCAUUGAAAGUCCGAAAAGAACAGGGCUACAAUCUCGACUGGCUGGUCCAUCGCACCUUUGUCUCAUGCUGGCAAAAACAACACCGAUGCCUGUGGGUAAUCUGCUAUAAACUGUGGAAUAAGCAGCCAGGCGUAAAUUUUGAAGAGUCUGAAGCCCCAGCUAGCCAAGUUGUAAGCGAUUGGGAGUCGCUUGUGGAAGAGGACGCAGGGCAGCUUCCACCGGCCAUUGGCAAUCCAAACGAAGGCGUUAUGUUACUGGUUGUGGUGUGCCGCCAGUUUGUGCCUACUCCUACGCGGUUGGCCUAUAGCCAACAGCAGGCGCGUUAUCGCCUGAAAGCCACCCGGGAGCUGCUCUGCACAGACAUGCGGGCGAAGAACUUGGAGCUAGACUUCGCCGAAGACUCCAGCAGAAAUGCGACUGUCACUGUGAAGUACGCGCGCAUUGAAAAGUACAAAGUAUUGCCUUGGUGGCAUCCAGACUUCCAGAUAUUUGUGAAGUAAAUUCCGUGUUACCCUUGCAAUUACACUUGUUUCAUUCGCGCGAGCAUCAAUGUGAUUGUUAUCUUUCUGAAGGCACUGACAGCGCUGGUUGCUCCUUAUCUAAAGUGCUACUGGGCGGCCGGUAGCAUGUGUUCGACAGACAAGACAAUGCCGGAAGCAAGCGUGUAAACAAGAGAUAGAUGUUGCUAAAUGCAUUUAACAUUUUAUUCAAACGCACACGGAUGUCGUUAUUGCGGGAAAUCACAUUUGCAUACUUAAUAACAAAAUCAUAAGAGUGUGCAUCGUCGUUAUAAAAAAGCGAAUGUUAUCAUUAUGGUUACGGGACUAAAACUGGAGGAAGCCUGCUCAUAUAUACACUUUGAUCUUAAACAUAAUUUUGUGUGUGUGUGCUACCAAUAAAAUCAUUGAAGAGGUGGUCAUUGUGUAAA